CACUAGAGCCACGGCCCCGCUGUAGGUGCGGUCUCAUUUUCUGGCUCCCGUGAGCUGCGAGAGGCGGGGCGCUACAGAGCCCUGCCCCCUCCGAGCGCGCUUCCAAAAAAAGCCGGCACCUCGGCGUCGCUCGCUGGCACGCCCCGGCACUCCGCGGUCCUGCCGGCCUCCUAGCGGGCGGAGACCCGAGAGGCGGCUCUUCGAGUGGAAGGCGGGAAGAUGGCGGACUCCUCGGAGCGGGGCGCGGGGUAAAGGUGCUGCCACCAAGCCUCAUGGCCUCAGGAUUCCCAGGACCCAACUACAAUAGUCGUCCUUUGCCCUCCCGUGUGUCAGAGGACGUGAGCACCACAUACUGCAUCAGAUUUAAAAGGCUGAAGUGCGAAAGAGAAGAGGCCGGUGGGUGGAGCCUCCUGACCAGCACUACACCUCAGACUUCCAGCUCUUUACACAGGAAGCCCGCAGCCACUGGUGCCCCCAAGACAAAAGGAAGAAAAGUACAAGGAGGAAGAGUGGUUGAGUCCAGAUACCUGCAAUAUGAGAAGAAAACUAAGAAGGAUCUCACUGACCUGCCAGCUCUUGGGAUCCUUUUGUGUUCCUCAUCCCUUGCUAGGCAGGCUUCUGUGUCUGCUGGAGGGAAGUCACCAGAGGGAAGAAAGACCAGCACCUUGCAGAAGAUCAAAGAAGAUAGCCUGGUGAUGGGAACAGGAGGCCUACAGUCCACCAUGCUGGAAGGGCACAGCACAGCCCCGCCCUGCCUAGACCUCUCAUCCAUCAAAGACACAAGCAUGUCCAGGACGGCUCCCCACCUAGACAGGACAAUGUCAAGGAAAGCUGAGCCCACGUCCUGUACCACUCAGAAAAAGACACGCCUUCCCAAGAAGAGACAGGAUCCACAGGAGACCAUGGACAUGAUGGAGUCUCAGACACUGCUGCUGACCCUGCUGUCUGUGAAGAUGGAAAACAACCUGGCUCUGCUGGAGGAGAAGGCUGAGAAGGACUUGGCAGCCUUAUGCCGUGAGAAGGAGCGUCUACAGCAGCGGGUGCUGGAGCUGCGGCGCCAGCUGCUGCUCCAGCAGAAACAUCAGGAGCUGGCUACCAUCCUGGAUGCCCAAAUGGAGGUGCUGGGCCCUCUCGAGGCUGUAGCAAAGCGCUUCAAGGAGGAAUACAAGACACUGGCCACAGCCUUGGACGCCACUCGACAUGAGCUGCCCGUGCAGGGCAUCCACAUGCAGGGAAGUGGGCAGGAACUCCUAGAUGAUCUGGAGCCGGCCCUAAAGACCACCCUGCAGCUCCUGGGCAAGCUGGGCAUCUCCUCCCCGGACGCCAGCGGGCAGGUGUCACGCCUGCUGGAGGAACUCAGGGACUUGAUUACCAAGAAGGACCGAGAGCUCUACAGGAUCUUUGAUUUGGCGAUGGACCUUUCCACCCUGGCCAGCAAGGAGGCGGCUCUGAUAAACCAAGAAGCCUGGGAAGAGGCCCAGGGCACCCCAACCUGCGGCCAAUGGUACUUGGGUCCAGAGGCCGCAGACAUCACCACUGCUGUAAACAAGUAGAGAAUAAAUGUCAAAACUUAAGUCUACAGUUCA